AUGUUGCCUAUUGAUAGCGUCCAACCUGAUGUUGAAGAUGAGCUAGAGGUAUCUGAAAAUGUAAACGAAAUCAGAAGAAAGACGAAUAAUAAUAUUGUGAAUGAAGCUUAUGAGUUAAAAGCAGAAGAGUUCGCAUGGUAUCAGCUUUUCCCGUAUGGUGCUGAUGUUAGAUUUCAGCGCAACGAUUACCUAUUCUAUGCUCUAUCAAUGUUUGAUUACUAUCGAGUUAAAUCAACCAUUGCAGCUUGUGCUAGAAAAGUUGAAGGUGAAAACGGCAAUCGAGUGGAAGACCUGCACUUAUAUUUAAAAAAUCUAAGAGGUUCCGCUGCUUAUUGGCGUAGUGCUCUUAGUGAUCUUAUAGCACAAAUCAGAUGUUUAGGACCUCCCACUUAUUUUGUUACAUUAAGCUGCAAUGAUCUUCACUGGAAGGAUAUGAAAAGAGGUCUCCUUGUUAGUGAUGGUAAACAGCACAUUGACCCAGAUGACAUAGAUAUUCAGGAAACUCAGAGACUCAUCGAGAUGUAUCCAGUUGUUGUGAGUAGACAUUUUAUGGUACGUGUUAAUGCGCUAAUGCAGUUUCUUAAAACUGAUACUGAAAUAUUUGGCGGUAAAGUUAAAGAUCAUUGGUGGCGAAUCGAGUUUCAGAACAGAGGAAGUCCUCAUUUGCAUAUGGUUGUUCGGAACGAAGAUCACCCGUCUGUUGCGACACCUGAAGGAAUAGCUCGCAUUGAUUCAGUCUGUAGUACUGCCAUUCCUCCAGAAACUUCAGAACUAUAUGAAUUAGUUAAAAAUUGUCAAAUACAUCGACACACUAGUACCUGCACGAAAAAUAAUUCUGUUUGUCGUUUCAACUUUCCACGCUCGGAAUGCUUAGAGACACAUGUUAUUGAUCCUUCAUCUAACGAAUUCAUCUACAACGGUGGUCGCAUUUGCGUUCUGAAAAGAAAAAGUGAAGAUGGUUGGGUAAAUAAUUACAGUCCUGCUUUGCUAAAAAUGUGGAAAGCCAAUAUGGAUAUACAACCGUGUGGUACAAAUGAGUCGAUUGCGUAUUACAUCGCUAAAUACGUGUCAAAA